AUGGCUCAAACAACAGGAAAUGAGUUGGCUUUGGUAUCUAUAGAACCAUCCAGGUCUUCAGUUACAAUUGCUGGGGGGCCUACAAUGUCAAAUGGCCAUUCAACUGGAUAUAGCUCUAAUUUAUAUCAGGGAAAUGCUGUAAGUUCGUCAUUCUCAGAUAUUGAUGAUGGAUAUGAUGUUUACAAGUCAACAAAAGGAGAAAGGGGAGGUUUGGCAGGAUUGCAUAAUCUAGGAAAUACUUGCUUUAUGAACAGUGCCCUGCAAUGUUUAGUUCACACACCUCCUCUUGUUGAGUAUUUCUUGCAAGAUUACAAAGAUGAGAUCAAUACUGAAAAUCCUUUGGGAAUGCAUGGUGAGCUUGCAAUCGCCUUUGGUGAGCUGUUGAGGAAAUUAUGGUCCUCAGGGCGAACUACAAUUGCACCACGUGUUUUCAAGGGAAAAUUAGCUCGAUUUUCUCCCCAGUUCAGUGGCUAUAACCAUCAUGAUUCUCAAGAACUUCUUGCAUUCUUGUUUGAUGGACUGCAUGAGGAUUUAAAUCAUGUUAAACGAAAACCUUACAUAGAAGCAAAGGAUUCAGAUGGUCGCCCAGAUGAGGAAGUUGCCGUUGAGUGUUGGAAAAAUCACAGGGCCCGGAAUGACUCAUUGAUAGUGGAUGUUUGUCAGGGUCAAUAUAAGUCGACACUAGUUUGCCCAGCAUGUGGAAAGAUUUCAAUCACUUUUGAUCCCUUCAUGUAUUUGUCGUUGCCGCUACCUUCAACUGCAACUCGGCAAAUAACCAUGACUGUGUUUUACGGCGAUGGAAGUGGUCUCCCUAUGCCAUACACUGUUAGUUUGCUAAAGCAAGGUUGCUAUAAAGAUCUUAGUGAACAACUAAGUAAUGCUUGUUGCUUGAAUGCUGAUGAGAUUCUUCUGCUUGCAGAGGUAUAUGAACAUAAGAUUUUUCGAUAUUUGGAAAACCCCUCAGAGCUAUUGGCUCCAAUUAAGGAGGAUGACCAUAUUGUGGCUUAUAGACUUUCUAAAAAUGUCGUGGGAAGAUCCAGAGUUGAAAUAAUUCAUCGACCACGUGAAAAGUGCCCAUCAGACAGUGUUAAGGGUUGUCAGGGAAAGCUUAUCGGUACCCCUUUUCUUACUUAUUUAAAAGAGCCAAUAUGUGGAGCCAAUGUUGAAGCCGCUGUUACUAGAUUUUUGUCACCUUUGAAGAGAACGUGUCCUUCAGUUAAGCUCCAGAAUGGUAAGGAAAAUGGAUUUGAAAAAGAGGUUAUUGAAGAACUAUCAAACAGCUACAAUUCUAAGAACCUGUCAAUGGAUGAUGCAGAAGUAGAGGAAAAAUCCAGCGAAGCGUUAUCCUUUCAACUUUUUGUUACUGAUGGAAACAGUUCGAGCUGCAAGCCCAUUGAGAAGGACACUUUAUAA